CUGGGGACAAUGGGCCCAGUAUGUUACCCGAGAGCCAGCCCCCUGGCCCCUGCGUCAGCAGCCGGCCCCACUUGCCCUCGCUCCCAGCUUGAGUUUGUGGCACUGGAUUGUUUAAGAAGCGGAGCGGACGGGGGAGAGAAUUUGAGCCUGGUGACUUGGUGUCACGGAGUCCCUGGGCGAUGCUCUGGACCUGCUCCCCAUGAAGCCAGUCAGGACUCUGGGGUAGUCGCCUUUCUGUGAGCAGCCUGUCUUCAGGACACACAGCUCACCCAGCUUCCACCUUCCUGGGUCUGACCUCGGAGCAUUCAGCAUCCUCUGCCCCUCCGUGCGCUUUCCCCCAGCGAGUCCGCUCAGGCGGGGCUCCUGGGGAAGCCAGAGGGUCCUGCACCCCAACUUCGCAGUCAGACGGGACUCUCAGCCAGCCAGGGAAACAGAAGGUUUAUUAGACGACAGGGACAUGGUCUAACACAGAGCUUGCAGGUGCAGAGAACGGGACCCCUCAGCUGGGUCCAUUUUGGGGGGCAGUGAGCCAGACAACCCCGUCUGCCCUUCACUCCAUGUCCCCAGCCAGCCCCAAACUGAAACUCCCUCCAGCCCCUCCUCCUCUGGGCUUUGUUCCUUUCCCGGGCCAGGUGGUCACCUGAUUCCUUUGUUCUCCAACCCUUCAGCUCUCACCUUGCAGGGGAGAAGGGCCCAGGCCAUCAGUUGCCAGGAAACAGGGUGUCGGCCAUUCUCUGUGUCCAGACUCCUGCACAUACCUGCCCUCUAGGGCUCUGCAAGGAUCAUACACCCUUACCCCACCCCCUAGAUACUUAAGAACUGCCUAGGGGAAACUGAGGCACCCCCACACUAUUCAGAGGAAACAUUAAGAACAGUCCCACUUUGUCACACUUGGCUGUGCCCCGCUGCCCAGGGAUGGGUCUCUGUCUCCCCUCCUCCCGCUCUGAGUGGCCUGGCAAGUUGACACGAAGACUCCUUGUCUGUUGUGGACAUGCAGCCCCCUCUGGGGUGGACCAAAGCAGCCGUGCUACGCAGUCGGAGGUGACCAGCCCUAUCCUGGGAGAGCCACGAGGCCAGAGCAUGGCGGUGCCCCGGCUGGUCUCCAGGAUGGGCGUCCCCGAGGACUGGGGGAGCUGGAAUUGUCAGAAGGACGCAGGGGCGAUGUUCUAUCCAAAACCUGGUGCCUGCCGCAGCACAGUCCCCCCCCUACAGCCACGUGUGCGUCAGGGCUGCCUUGUAAGUCCCCUACAGCAGCACGGCCCCCCAGCACGGCCCCCCUUGACUCCGGGCAGGGUGUCCCCUAGCGACAGGCAAAGCUUGGCACUGCCAAGGGGGCCCCCUGCCGAAUGAGUGGGCACUGCUCCAUCCAGUGGGGUAGCUGCUCCGGGGUCUCCGAAAAGGGCUCAGGGCGGCGACUAGAAACGCAGGCAGGGCGCCUGCCCUCCCUGUGGGGACAGUCUGAGCCUGGGGCAGCUGCAUCUUUCCUACCAUGGCUAACAGCCGGCUCUGGGCCCGGGCCGCUCUGCUGUGCGCCCUGCUGGGGCUGGUGCAGGGGGGCCGGCAGCUGGGCAAGCUGGCUGAGAAGAAGCUGUGUGCGGAUGCCGACUGCAGCCAUCCAAUCUCCAUUGCAGUGGCCGUGCAGGAUUACAUCGCCCCUGACUGCCGCUUCAUGACCAUCCAGCGCGGUCAGGUCGUCUACGUCUUCUCCAAGCUGAAGGGCCGCGGCCGGCUGUUCUGGGGCGGCAGCGUGCAGGGGGAUUAUUACGGGGAGCACCCCGCCCGCCUGGGCUUCUUCCCCAGCAGCGUGGUCCAGGAGAGCCAGUACCUGAAGCCAGGGAAGGUGGAGGUCAAAACCGAUGUGAGUAGCCGAACCUGCAGCAGCAAUGGGAUUUCUCCUGCCAGUGAGUCCUGCCUUGGCCCCAGCUCCCGGCGCUCGCUUGGAUCCCAGCACAGCCGUUUGGGUGCCGCAGCUCCAGUGCUGGGCCCAGGGCCUGGUGCUGAAGUGAAUUUCCUUUGCUGUAGCAAUAAUUCCCCCCGCCCCCGCUGGGUGCUCUGGUCCUGGGGCAGCUCGCUGUAGCUUCACCCUUACUGCCCCCCAUCUGGGGCCAGUCCUGAAUAAACUCCCAUGCAGCAAA